CAUUGGUUGUAGGCUAAAGCUCCAUUUUGCAAACAGCUGUUUGAGAUAUAAACCUCGCCCACUGGAUUUCAAUGGGGUUGUCAAAGAAACGUCGGGCUUGACGACGCUGCUGUCUCUUCGUGACGGACUUUGCUCAUCGAAAACGCCAAAUUAAUUCAAAAUGACCGAAAAGAAAGCCGAAAUAUAGCUUGAGAGAAGAGAAGGUCCAGCUGCGUGCUAACAAGUGGAGUACAUGAAGGUGGAAUGAGAAGACAGGUCAUGGGCAGAUGAUGGAUGUCGAGUCAUCAUACUCGGAUUUCAUUAAUUGUGAUAGGACGGGCCGCAGGAACGCAGUGCCAGACAUUAAGGGAGAGGGAACAGUGGUGGGCACCAGCGAGCUGACAAAAGACAUGGCUGGGAUGGACCUGAAGGCAGGAGAAGCCGAUGCUGCCGGGGCUCCUGCUGCCGAAGCGGAAGCCUCGAGUAGUCAGGAGCAAGGGAAAGAAGGAGCGUCUUAAAGAUGAAGGAACUCAAAGAGGAGAACCACCACAUCCUCUCUCGUUCCCCACACUGUGUGCGGUGAGGAGCUGCUCUGAGCUGGGGCAUGCUUCAUGCGCCUGAACGCUCUUGCGUCCCUGAGAGACUCCAGGAGAAACCACUACACAGAAUGGAUUUGCAAUGAACAACACCACACUCUAAAUUGCGUUAUUCCUGCCACUCCUCAGAAGAAACUCUGACUUUUUGAUGCCUUUUCCAUUCUGAACAUGUGGAAAAUAUGAGAACCUGGGUUCAGAACUUCAUGAUCUCAAACCAAGAAAUACCAAAUAAUACCUGUGAUGAGGAUUACGAGUCCAUUUGAUUUUCUCUUCUUUUUUUAAAGUAACAAGCAUAGUUGUGACAAACAGGGAAAAUAUUUAUUUCUAAUAUUCCCUGAGGUCGAUAGUUUUGUGUUUCUGGAUUACAUUAUAUAAUUUACAGUGUAUGUAACAUUAUUAACAAUAUUUGUAUAGUACAUGAGUCAAAGCUUUCUGCUCACUCGAAAAACUGCUUUUGUUUUCUCUUUAUAUUGUAUGUUCCUCAAUAAAUGGGAAUGAUGGUA